AUGCGUGAGAAAGGAGUUAAGCCGAAUGCCGUCACUCAUAACAUCAUGAUCAAAUGGUACUGUAAGGAAGGGAAGAUGGAGAAGGCGUGUGAGAUGGUUAGGCAGAUGGAGGAAAAGGGCUUUUCGCCCGAUUGUGUAACAUACAAUACUCUGAUUAGUGGGUUUUAUAAGAUAGGCGAUUUGAAGGAGGCUUUUAGAGUGAUGAAUGAGAUGAGCGGGAAAGGAUUGAAAAUGGAUACAGUCACACUCAACACGGCCUUACACAAUCUUUGCCGGGAGAAAAAACUCGAGGAUGCAUACGAUUUACUCAACUCAGCAAUCAAGAGAGGCUACAUUGUGGAUGAAGUUAGUUACGGCACUCUCAUCGUGGGUUUUUUCGAGGAAAAAAAUCCUGAGCGGGCGUUAGAAGUAUGGGAAGAAAUGAAGUCGAGAGGCCUGCUCCCGAGCGUAAUCACUUACAAUUCUGUGAUCAGUGGCUUCUGCAAGCUCAGAAAAAUGGAUUCAGCCAUUGAUAAACUUAACGAGCUUUUGGAGAAAAAGCUAGUCCCGGACGAGACCACUUACAACACCAUAAUACACGGAUACUGCUUGGAGGGAAAUGUAGAGGAAGCUUUCGAGUUUCAAAACAGAAUGGUCGAGGAGAUGUUCAAACCUGAUAUCUACACGUGCAACAUUCUUCUUAAGGGGCUCUGUAAAGAGGGAAUGCUCGAAAAAGCCAUUAACCUCUUUGACACAUGGGUUUUACAAGGAAAAGAGCUCGAUACUGUCUCGUACAACACGUUGAUAGCUGCACUGUGUAAGGAAGGGAGACUCGACAAGGCCCUCGAUCGAGUUGCCGAGAUGGAGGAAAAGAAACUUGGGCCUGAUGGAUAUACGUUUAACGCCAUUGCGGGCCCACUUAGGGAGGCCGGGAGAAGUAAGGAGGCUGAAGAGCUUUUGUCGAGAAUGUUUGAGGGUAAAACUGAGAUUCCUUUUUUGAAGUGGAAAGACGAUGGGCAACUAGAUGGAGUUGUUGUUGAGGGUUCGAGUGAGUUGGAUUGCUCUGAAAAAAUUAACAAGCUUUGUGCCGAGGGGAGGUACAAGGAUGCAAUGCAUAUCUUUAAGGAGGAGACUCAGAAGGGUGUGGGUGUGAAUAAGUCGGUUUAUAUUGCAUUAAUUAAUGGGCUGAUCAAGAGGAGGAAAACAUCUUCAAGCGACAGUAUUAUGGGACGGGCUAAAGGCUCGCGUGUGAAAUAUGGUCUGGAGCAGUUUUGGGCUUUUAUGAAAUGUGGGCCAUCUCAACCAGGCCAUUUGCUCGUUCUUAUUGGGUCAGCCCACUCGGUAAGGCUCAGUUGUAAUAUCGUGUACCUGUUGUAG